AUGUUGUCAAAAUUCUGCAAGGUCGUCUGCGGCGUCUCGCCGUCCUCGACAACAGCGAUGGCCACCGAUGACAUACAUGACGACCACAAGCUGAGAUCGAAUGGGCUAAUCUCGCCGCUGCUAUCCCCCGAGCUGCUCAGAUUGCAUCCGUCCGUCGUCGACUUCUCGCUGAACACCGAUAACGAUGACGCCGCGGCAGUGCUGCCGUGCCUGGUGUUCGGGUCGGAAGACGGCUACCAGGCCUUCUCCCUGGACGAAGGCUGCAUGCGUGACGACGUUGCGAUGCGGCUGGCGCGCGGCCGCCGGUACGUGCCGUCACCGUACGGAGGGAAGGUGUUCGUGACGGACAUGUGCGGACGGUACCCUAGCCGUCUCAUCGACCCGUUCACCGGCGAGGUGACACCGCUCCCGGACCUGCCCAUCCCAUUAUCCGAGGAGACGCCGAUGCCGGUCGCGCGCGACGAGCCCGAGCCCCCUCGGUUCCGCCUCUCCACGGAGGACGGGUUCGCGUGGGACUGGUCCCCGCGCGGCGUCAUGGUGGCGCGCGGCGACACGGCGUUCUUCUGCGAGGCAGGUGGCGGCGAGUGGGCGCCGGUGCACCGGUCGAGGCACGGCUCGCCCAUGACCAUCAACUACCGCGCCGGCUUCUUCUUCGUGUUCGAUCUAGGCACGCUGCGCACCGCGGUCAUCGACUCUGAGACCCUGGACCGGUCCACGGAGAUCGACCCGCCGCCGCGCCUCGGCGACAUCACGUGGGCGUUGCUGGUGGCCUCCACCGACGACGUGCUGCUGCUGGUGCGGCGCCGCCCGAGAAACAGGUACUGCGACUCCGACGGGUCCUUUUUCCAGGCAUACCGCGCGCCGCACAGGGAGCAGCUGCCGGACAUGCCUAUCAAGUGGGAGCCAGUGACGGACAUCGGCGACCGCGCGGUGUUCAUGGACCACGCGCACGGCUUCACCGUCCGCGCCGGCGAAGGCGCGAUGAGGAACUGCGUGUACAGGGUCAGGGCUGUCGAGCUGAAGGAGGAGGAGCGGUCUCGGCGCGACGACGCGGCGCUGGAGGUCGUCGUGUCUCCGUUGAGCGACCUGAGGAAGAUAAAGGUGGUGGAGGGAAGCGAGGUGCUAAGACGCUGCAAGGUUCAGCCGACAUGGGGAGGAGGGUACUGGAUCAUGUGUAAGCAUGGACAGUCGCCAUCGUCGUAG